ACUAACGGAAAAGCUAGGAGGUAAGAUAUAUAUGUAUUUCAGAUCAACCAUACAUUUUACUAUCUAUUUCAUGAGUAAAUAUCAACCAUACAUUUUAGAUCUACUCUAGCAGAUAGUAAAAACCAUAUGCUAUAAUAUACCUCAUUGGCAAUGUAAAUACACAGACUCAGCUAGGAUCAUAUUGUAAUUCACCAUCUUCCUUACCUUCAUCCAUUUAUAUGCUACUGCAAAUUAACAAAACAACACUCCAAUUGUGUGUGUAAGAGAGAGAUCUAGAGAUGGAAGGAGACAACUCAAAUGCACUCUACAGAGAGUGUUUGAGAAACCAUGCGGCCAGUCUCGGCAGCUACGCCACCGACGGCUGCGGGGAGUUCACGCUGGACGACACUUCUCCCGGUGGCCUCCAAUGCGCUGCAUGCGGCUGCCACCGCAACUUCCACCGCAAACUGUCCUACGCCGCCCCUAGAGGAGUGAGCUGCAGCAGCGGCGCCCGUGAUCAUCAUGAUCAGGACCACCCAGAAAUGGCUGGCGAUAUGAUGAUGAUGGACUGUGGCGGUGGCGGAGGGCGGCAGGCGGGGUCGGAUUUGCCGGAGUCGGAGAGAAGCUACGGGAAGAAGCGUUUCAGGUCGAAGUUCACGGCGGAUCAGAAGGAGAAGAUGCUAGCAUUUGCGGAGAAACUGGGAUGGAAGCUGCAGAGAAAAGAUCAAGAAGAUGAGAUUGAAGGGUUCUGCAGAGGAGUUGGAGUGAGCAGACAGGUAUUCAAAGUGUGGAUGCAUAACCAUAAGAACUCUGCUUCUUCUUCUACUGCCUCUACUGGCAAUGCCUCUUCUCUUACUCAGUAGAGAUCGAGCUAGAGACAAGACAUUUCUAUUUUUAGGUUUUUUUUAGUUCCUUUUUAGGUCAUGUUUGGUGAAUUUUUUUAAAAUUAUUAUUAUUAUUACUAUUUUUGGGUA